AUGGACACCCUUUAUGGACCAGAGCCUUCUUUGAAAGGGUUUACAGUACCGCUUCAGGAACUUGUAGCUGAUUGUAAAGUAGAGUUUUGUGGUAAAAUGCUCCAAGGAAAAUAUCUCACUAUCACCUCCUGUGUGUCUCCUGUUAAGCUCUACUGCUGCUAUGGGGUGAUCACGGUCCUCACUGUAGCUGUAGUUGUACUUUCUGUUGCUUUGUUGGGACUAUGGGCUUUCCUGAAGAGAUAUGCGAGGGCUUCUGACCACUGGAUUGGCCUGCACCGAGAGUCACCAGAACAUGCAUGGAAGGAAACAGACAGCACUGAGUGUAGCAGCUUGUACGUUUUUCAGACUGCUUUUCCUUCUACUGGGUUCAUGUCAUGGUGUGCUUGA